UAUAUAACGGUUUGUCCCGAUGGCCUUUGGCCGACCGCUGUGCAGCGAUCCGUGGUGCAGAGGGCAACGGGAGAAAGCUGCGGUUUCAGCGGGGUUUUCUCCGCGCUUUUCUGGGGGUGUGCCUCCGUGCAGACGCCGGGAAUCUUGCAGCAGGACAUCGGGCGGUGCAGCCCGCACGCGUUUCAGGCUUUGCGUAUCACACAGCUCAGCUUGAGGAAGGAAAUUAGCGACACGUCUGCGUAAAACCGGCCUGAAGCCAGCCAAUUACAGCGCUCCUUGUAUAGACACUUUCAUCAGGGUUCACAGGAACAGCCCUAUGGUUUGAGCAGAAGGAUAUUUGGGAAGACAGUAGUUUCGCACAUCCUGUGUUGCUAUGGCAACCUCGGAAACCCGUCGACCAAACAUGAUGCGGCACGCAGGGUUGGGGUUCCUUGGUGACAUCCCGCUGCAGGAAACGCAGGUCACAGCUCUAACGCACCAAGAUGAUGAUGUUGACCUUGAUGCGCUGAUUCGAGACAUGAGCUUCGAGGCGAGAGAGCACGUCAUGGACAAACAACCUGCUGAUGAGGAACACACACCACUGUUAGCAACGGACAGAGACACGCCUAGCAACAGCUUCAUGUCACAGAGUAGACCAUCCAGGCCGGUCCAUAUCAACCUGAACAACAGCCACUCGCCCAACCACAGGGUUUCGGGCUCUCCCAUCAGUUCUCCCUGUACGCCAAACCCGUUUCCCGACAUCCCUGUCUCCGCCAGUCCAACGACGUGGAUGAUCAGUCCCAGAGCUGCCUCCGCUCCCAAGAAAGACACAGGCUCCUCCGUGAUAAAGAGACCCACAGAAACCACGAGCCCCAUGUUGCCUCAGCGCAGAGACGAGUACAGAGACUACAGGGAGAUGAAAAGGGUGAGCAUCAAGAUACACAAAUGUGACGGCACGAGCAAGGCGGUGGACGUUGGCGAGCAGAUGACAGCGAGAGAGGUUUGCAGCGAGGUGGCCCUCCGAUGUCGCAGCUCAGACGAGAGAAACUGUGUUCUGAUGGAGCACAUUGUGCCUCUUGGCCUCGAGAGAAAUUUGGAGGACCAUGAGAGGGUACUACAGGUGUGUAACUCCUGGGGCAGGGACAGUAGCAACAAGCUCGUCUUCAAGAAAGACUUCAGAAAAUACGAAGUCUUCUGCAAUCCAUCGCAAUUCUUCCCUGAGGACAUGCUGACCAACUUUGAUGAAAUUGGGUCUCAUUCAGAAAAGGCAGAGAUGGCAAGAAACAUGCAGCUUUUAAACUUGUUAGGAACACCAGGAAGUGUACCCAACCUGCAGGGGUGGCUGCACAUCCGAGACGCCCACAAGAAAAGCUGGAAGAAAGUCAUGGUUGUCAUAAAGGGGUCCGGCCUCUACUACUCCACAAAAGGCAAUUCCAUGGAGCCGCGCCACUUGCACUGCUACAGCGCAUACUCCGACUGUGACAUCUACACAGCCACGCAGGGGAAGAAGGUCUUUGGGGCACCGACAGAAUUCUGUUUCUGCAUCAAGCCCUCCAAACUGAAUGUGGAAAAGCAUGACAUCAAGUGUUUGUGUGCAGAAGACGAGAGAACAAGACAGUGCUGGCUGACAGCCUUCAGAAUAUCAAAGCAUGGACAGCUGCUGUAUAAGAACUGGGAGUUAUCGAAGAAAUCCUGGAAGUUUUCAGACGAAGGCUGUCCUAGUCCCAUCAUCUCACCGCGUUCCCCUGAGCACGUCUGGAGACCUAGUCGUUGCACCUUACCCCAGGAGUGGAACCUGGGCAGCUAUCGCCAGCGCAUGUUGAUGCAGGAAAGCCAGGCCAAGGAAGAAUGGGCGAGAAGUCCGCAGGGUCCGGGUGGAAAGAACCGUGUGGCGAUGGACUUCACGGGAUACCGCGGUCGGGUCAUCGCUAACCCUAACGAGGCGGUGGCUGUAGCCGUGGAGGAGGGGCAAUCGUGGAGGAAAAGACACUCCAGUGGUUCCAGAGCCCUGGUUGGGAGUCCCAGGAACAGUCCGUUGCUGUCACCACGGUCUUCCAGAUUUAUAUCUCCUCAAGGUGUUCAUCAGACUCAGCCUUGGUUUCAUCAUGGGAUCAACAGGGAGGAGGCCAACAACAUGAUGCACAUGCAGGGCAUGGUGGACGGGUUGUACUUGGUGCGAGAGAGUCAGACCUUCCCUGGGACGUUCGUUCUCACAUUCUGCCAUGACCAGAGAGUAAAACACUACCAGAUCCAGCCUAAUGUAAUUGAUGACAAAACAUUCUACUCGCUCGACGAGGGUGAGACCAAGUUCGGAGACCUGGUGCAGUUGGUGGAGUUCUACCAGAUCAACCGGGGGGCGCUGCCGCACAGCCUGACGCACCCCUGCACCGGCGCCGGGCUGCGGUGGCGAGAGGACGAUGAAGACUACGGGCUCAUGUCGUUCCCAAUGGCCAAAUCCGCGCCGGCGACGUGACACCAACGUUUUUUUUAUGUCGUAAUUCUUUUUCCUUGACCAAAUGUCAUCGAGUUGCUUCAAGAUGCAUCUCAGAUGGAUGAUUCUGUGGAGCAGGAUGAUUGAAGUCUGUUGCCAUGGCAACUAACACUGCUGAUUUCACCAGCAGAUGCUAUCAGGGACGGUUGGAUGUUGGCUGGACAAUCUGUAGAGGGAUGGAUCGUCUUUUAUGAUUAACGAAUCUCGUUAAAGCCGCAGAGAUGUUUUUAUUAUUCUGGGAUGUUUUUAAAGGAAGAAAUAUAUUGCUAAGUGGUCUCAGGAGGAGGUAUGUGUCUUAACAUAUAGAUAUCCUGACCACUGUUGGCCAUUAAGGAAGGAUUUUGUCACAUUUUGUCUUAUUUUUCUUCUUACAAGAGCCAGGCAACCUAAUCUAGGUAGCCUGUGUUAUACCUGUAGAUUACAAUUGUAAAAGUUUUAUCCAUUUUCACAACUGCUGCCAAACGUAAGGAAUAUUUCUCAAGCAGCUGAUCAAAUUUGCAUGUACUGAGUAAAUGCUACAUGUUUUUUCUUUUAGUUUUCUGACAGAUAAAUGAAUUCUUUGUUGUUGGUUUUUAGAUCCAGAAAACUUUGGGCUCUAGAAACGUGACAAACAUUGUACAGUAACACUGUAUUACGGAGAUCAGAUUAAUUGAAUUUUGAGGCUUACUACUUACAUGCACGGUAAGCUACAUAGACUUUUUGUAAUGGUCUUUCUUUUAAAAGGUUCUUUCCAUUUUUCUUGCAGGAAUUUUUUUCUGAUAUCCUAAAAAUAAUAAUGAAACUUGUCCUGAAAGCUUCUCCUUUUUUGAUAUUUUUUUUGAAAAGCAUUUAUGACUAAUUUUGAUUCUCCAAAAUAUGAUUUAAUGGAACUCACUUCUCAGAAUGUAUUGAAAAUUGCUGCAAUAGUUUGAUGUUAUGAAAAUUCUCAAUUUUUUUCCAGUUUAGUUAUUUUUUAUGUCUAAUGACGACUUACUUGAAAUGAUUUUUCUUGAAAAUGUGUUGUGAGAUAAAUUGAGUUGUAGAAAACGCAACAAUUUUUAUUGCACGAAACUUGUUAGUUUGUCAAUGUGAAGAGAUGAUACUUGUAUCUUACACUGUGAAUAUAUAUUAGGUAACGAUCCACACGGUACUUGUGUAAAAACAUGCAUGUAACUUGUGCAAAGUCGCAUGGCAGCUUGUCUUUAGUACACUCAGUUAACUUAACUACUUUCUUGCAGCUAAUAUUGUCAUAAGACAAAUAUAUUAUAGUAACAUAUUCCUUUUGGCAAAUCUCUCUAAUAACGUAACUAUGAAAUAUCUCACUGCCAAUUGUUCUAUCAAAAUGUUAAAACCUUAUUUAAUGGUAUGAGACAGUCAUAUUUUAUCUUGAUGUUAAUCUAUAGUGACUACUCUUGCAAGGGCUAACAAUGACAACUUGUACCAUUCUAUCGUCAUAAACAUAUUUUGUUCACAGAAAAGUGGGGGUCUUGCUGAGCGUUAAGGGACUUCUGUUUUUUAAGGUAGAAUAUGAAAUUAGUUGCAUGUAAAUCUGUAAAAGAUAUACCGAUGAAGGGCUCAAAAAUCUAUGACAAAAAUUCCUUCUAGAAGCUAGAAAGAUAUGAUGCAAGAUCCCCCCACAAAAAAAUUGUGACCAAUCAGAAAAGUUGUCUCAUUCCAUUUUUUCAAAUCCCAAACAGGUAAUAACAGCACAGAUCAUUUGUCAGAAGUAUGAAACAGGGUAAGCUGAUUGGUAGAACUGAGAGAAGGUUAUAUUCUAAUGCUUUCUUCACAGAGAAUCAAGGAAAUCCUCACUAGAAUUUGCUCAGCAUAACUUUCAUUAUGCUAUACAUGUACUCAUAAAUAUAGCGCUAACAACAAUAAUAUACAUAAACAAUUUGAACACUCUUUCAGUACAUUACUACAGUGUAGUUUGAAAAUCGUCCUUAUUGUAAAUUAGUUCUUCGCAAUAUCUGAAAAAUUGCUCUGAUCAAGGAACUGUUGUCAGUCAAGUUCUAACAACUUAACGCCUUAUUUCCUCACUGGUUACUGUUGAAGUAGGAAACAUUUUGUCAUUAUUCUUAUUUUAUUCCAUAGAAUCAAUGCAAACUUAAGUUUAGCCAAGGAAACACUGACACUUUUAAGUGUCAACAGAGCCGUUAUAUUUUAGUGCAUUACUGAUGUUUUGUGAGUAUAGGCUGCACUUCGUCCAACAACAUUUUAAAUCAGAACAUUUCUUACACUUGUGAACGAAUCAAUGGUACCAGUUAAUAGGACACUUAAAACUUAUGUCUUCUUUUAAGGUAAGAAACAACUUUUGUCCUUAAUUGCAGAACCAGUGUGUCAAAUAUAUACACAUGUUUACAUUACUUAGAUAUCAACUGUGAAUAUUUUCAAAGGAAAGCAAAAGAUUGUCAGCUAAGGGUUAGCCUGAGACCCAGCCACAUUAGGAUGGUUUGAGUUGACUGCAGCCAAACAUGGCUGGAUCUCAGACUAGUUAUAAGUGGCCCUCCUUAUGUACAAUGCAUCACAUUGUGAUGGUUUAAUGUGAAUAAUAAGAUGGUAACAGAAUGCUGCUUAAGUAGAUUGCUAAGGAUGUGUUUUAGAUCACUUGGACUAUGGAGGUAAUAUAUGGGUAUACAGCACAAGUCAGCAAUUGCACAACAAAUUAUUGCACACUUCUGUUAAUUGCACAGAAUCUCAAAAUCCCAAACUGAUGCGAUCCAUUGUUGCACCACACUGAUAAUUGCAUGAAACACGCUGGCAGAUGCGGUGUGCAAUUAAACGGCUUCUACUGUAAUAACCUGCUUAGACCUGUGGUGGUAUUUGUAGACUGGGAGAGCUGAAUUUGUCAAAUCCUGCAUGUUCAUACCCUCCAAACAGAGUUGUGGGAGAAGAUUGUUACCCUCCUGUGAUUGGUACCUGCUUCCUGACAGGCUUUCUUUCAAAUGAGUUUACUGUCAGAAAGUGGGUACCAAUCAGAAUUAGGUAACUGUGUUUUCCUUCAACAUCUUCUUGGAGAGUAGCUAAGAUUAUGGCCAGGGACAAAGGUAAUACCAUCUAGCACACAACCUGUACAAGUGUGCAUGCAUGUUUCCCAUUGCUGGAAAGGCCUUUUUUUGCUUGAUCGCUUGUUCGUCUCUAGCGGGGAGUAAGUUUGAAUGGUCCAGUAUUGAUGAGGGCUAGAAAGAAAUCAGCACAAGUGUCAGAUGACCCGAAGAUUGUAUAAAGUACCUCUUGUAAAUAGUUGUACAUGUUUUUGCUUGCUGUAGAGCGUUGAGCUACAAACGACAGGACUGAAUGAUACUAAAAGCAAUAUUGACACAGUAAGUAGGAAGUUUAAAUCAGUCAGCUUCGAAUAUGAAUGUGUAUGAGAACAGAGUCUAUUUUCUUUGUAGGAAAAAGGUUGGAAAAUGUGCAGGAUAUUUGUGUGCAUAAUUUGCAUUCACUAUGGAAGUGGUGCAUUGAAUGAUGUUGGAGGAACUUGUGGAAGUGGGUUUCUGACCCAGUGUAGUAUCAUUAAUGGUUCAUCCCCCUUCUUAAUAAAAUCAGUGAUGUUAAACCUUG